AUGUCGUGGGAAGAAUGGCACAUGAGGGAGGAACAUGAGAUGAGCAAGUACACACCGGAGCAAUUCUUUGACAUGCACGACAUGGGAAACAAGGGCUACUUUGAUGCUAAGGAUAUCAUCAACAUGUAUGGCUUACAAAAGGAGGUUGUUGUUGGUAAGGGAGAUGGUAUGGGUCAAAACGACGAGAGUCAAGAGAUUGACGAUGGGCUUCGUGAAAGGGUGGUGAAGUUUGUGAUGGCAUUGCUCGAUGUGGAUGACGAUACACGUAUUACAAGGAAGGAAUACUUAGACUAUGCGGCCAAGGGCAACAAGUUUGUUGAUUUAGGAGUUGGUGUUGGUCACCAUGGGGAUUUCGAGACUGAGUAUGAGAUGCAUCACUGGAACCAGUACCACAAGGACCAGGAUCCUGAUAUCAAGAAUGUGCACAAGGAGGAUGUUGAGCACGAGCUAUUGCAUCAUGAGCACGAAGUGGAGGAAUCUGAGCAAGGUCCUGCCGGUGCGACGAAGGGGUCUGUGAUUACGGACGACGAGAUGGAGAGUCGGAUCGAGAAGGACAGAAUACCCAAGAAGUACAGAGCUAAUUAG